AUGGUUGUGGAGGACGAUGGGUUACCCAUCAUCCAAGGAGGAAACUUCGCGUACCUGGUCCCCACCAUUACCCUCCUGACAACGACCUUCCCCCCGUGUGACACCAUCCCCCUGGCCAACAUGACAGCAGAGGAGAAGCAGGAAGUGUGGCAGGUACGGCUGAGGGAGCUCCAGGGUGCCAUAACUGUGUCUGCCAUUUUCCAGGUGUUGGUGGGUUUCACAGGUGUCGUCGGAAUGCUCCUGACGUGGAUAACGCCCCUGGCCAUCGUGCCCACCAUCACCCUCCUCGGGCUCUCGCUCUACGAACUCGGGGCCAAGCAAGCGUCGGUCCAUUGGGGCAUCGCGGCGCUCACCAUGGUCCUGAUGAUCCUGUUCUCCCAGUACCUGCGUGACCUGCAGUUUCCGAUCCCUCUGUGCAAGGCUGGCGGAGGCUUCCAGGUCUCGCGCCUCCCGCUCUUCACUUUCCUGCCGCUGCUGAUAACGAUCUGCAUCUCGUGGAGUCUGUGCGCGAUCCUCACAGCCUACGACGCCAUUCCGGAAGGUUCCACCGCCAGGACGGACUUCGCUGGCUCGCUCAUACAGGACGCUCCGUGGUUCAGGGUUCCUUAUCCCGGCCAAUGGGGGAUGCCCACCGUGAGCGUGGCCGGGGUCGUGGGGUCAUGGCAGGGGUCAUCUCGUCGAUCGUGGAGAGCCAUCGGGGACUACUUCGCCUGUGCCAGAGUUGCGAAUGUGCCCCCGCCGCCCACGCACGCCCUCAACCGCGGCGUCGGCGUGGAGGGCAUCGGCUGCGUGCUGGCGGGCAUCUUCGGCACCAGCAGCGGGACGGCAUCUUACUCUGGCAACAUUGCUCUGGUUGGCAUUACGAAGGUCGGGAGUCGGAGCGUGGUCCUGUGCAGCGGCCUCAUGAUGCUCCUGUUCGGCGUCUUCGGGAAGUUCGGCGCCGUCUUCGCCACCCUGCCGGAGCCCGUCCUCGGGGGCGUCCUCAUCUUCGUGUUCUCCGUCGUGACCGCCAUCGGCCUCUCCACGCUGCAGUACGUCGACCUCGCCUCCUCCAGGAACCUGCUCAUCCUCGGCUUCUCCAUCUUCAUGGGCAUGGCGCUGCCCAAU